AUGUUGAUUGUGGUGACUUUCGAUAUGAUGACCAUUUCAUCUUCAUUAACCGCCAAUGAUUCUCAGGCUUUGUUUAUAAUGCUCAAGAAUAGAAAAACAGCCAUACUCAUCUUCUUAGCAGGACUUGUACUAAUAGUAAUAAUUAUCUCAAAAAAGUUAACUUUUGAAUAUUCGAAUUUUACUGCAGCAUUUAUUCAAGAAUACCGAGAUGAUUUAUUCCCUUAUCAUCACGCGGUUGGACAAUUGCAAUGGUUGACAGAAUAUUCCAAUAAAUCUGAUGAUCUCUCAGUAGGUAGAACACCUUCCAUCUACUACGAUCGAAAGAUAAUCUAUCAUGUAACAAGUCCUGAUGGAUGCAGAUACAAAUGUAACUUUCCUCGAAAUCUAGGAAAUUUGAGAAAAGGAGAUGCUGCAGUAUUCUCAACCCACUUUCCUGUGAAGAAAGCAAAUAUACUCAAAGCAAGAGGUGUAAUUAUUGUCUUCGAGAGUGGGGAAAGUCCGAUCUUCAUGCCUCACUUAAGCUCUGAGGAAUUAAAUCAAGUUGACAUAUUUGUUACAUACAUGUCAACAUCACCUGUUCCUUGGAUAUAUCCCAUGUUUGUCAGAAACACAUAUCCCACAUUAAAGUUCACCAAAGAACAUGUCUCACAAAUGAUUUCAGAAAAUAACACACAAUUGUUGCCGCCUUAUCAUAAGAAUCGAACUAAAUUGGUUGCCUGGGUUGUUUCAAAUAGCCAUCCAUCAAAUAAUCGUAUUCAAUAUGCAGAUGCCCUUGCACAAUUUGUACCGAUUGAUAUUUAUGGAAGAAAUAGAAAAUUGACGUUGCCAGAUAUGGAAAAUCCAUUUGAAUGGCUUUCCAGAAAUUAUAAAUUCUAUCUCUCAUUUGAAAACUCCAAUUGCAGACAAUACAUUACAGAAAAAGUUCAAAGAAAUGCCUUAAGCAAUGGGAUGGUACCAAUCGUUUUGGGUGCCUACAAAGAGGACUACGAGAAUGUUCUUCCACCUCAUUCCUACAUCAACGUGGAUGACUUUGACUCUAUUCAGGAACUUGCUGAGUACCUUCAGUUCUUGGACAAGAAUGACACUGCUUACGCACAAUAUUUUGCUUGGACUAAACAUGGUCGAAUUAUCGUAAAUUCUGAUUCAGAUAAGAUGUUUAUUUGA